AAAAAUCAUAUUAUUUUUUCUGUUAAAUUUUUGACUCAAUACGUCUUAUCAUUAAACACGUAUACACCGUUAUCAGUGAAAGUCGAUUUAGUUGUAUUAUUGUGAAAUUUACAUCUAAACUGGGAAUCAAGUUCAAGUUCAGUUUAUUUUAUUUAUUUGUUUUUUUUUCAUAUUCAGCACUUCAAAAUAUAAAUAUUUCUAACAUUAGAUUGAGAAUGAACAUGAUGAACAUGAGCAUGACAACAAUGUCUGGACCCGUUGCCAAACGUCAUAGGAUGUGGAUGUGGUACCACGUAGAUGUCGAGGAUACUGUACUUUUCAAAAGUUGGACGGUUUUUGAUGCCGGAACAAUGGUAUGGACAUGCUUCGUUGUCGCUGCUGCUGGAAUUUUGCUAGAAGCUCUGAAAUAUGCAAGAUGGGCAACUGAAGAACGCAUGAAGAUAGAUCAGGAGAAUGUAGACUCAAAAACCAAGUACGGAGGAAUUAAAAUACCGGGGAAGAGUGAGAAAUAUAAGUGGGUUCUUUUGGGCAGGAAAUAAAACAAAAAACGGGAAAUUGUAAUUCAAAGUAACUAGUAGUUUGAAAAUAAUACAUUUCUAUUUUGUCAUUGAUUGUCAAGUUUAAUCGGAACAAUGAAAAAAUUCAGUUUUUGGAAGCGACACAUUAUCGAUUCUUUGUAUCACUUCUGGCAACUUCUACUUGCAUAUAUUUUGAUGAACGUCUAUAUGGUUUUCUCGGUAAGUUCUGAAAUUUAGUACAAACAUUUUAAUUUUAUUUUCAGGUCUACAUUUGCUUGUCAUUAUGCUUUGGCCUAGCUAUUGGGCACUUUGUUUUUGCUUCAAGAACUGGAUCAUCGCUAUAGAAUUGCUCAAAUGAAAGUAAAUGUUAAAAUAAAUGUUGUGAGAAAACUAUUAUUUUAUUGUUAGUUGACAUUAAAUCAGAAAUAAAUAAAUUCGAUUU